UUGCAGUGAGCCGAGAUCAGGCCACUUCACUGCGGCCUGGGCAAAACAGCGAAACUCCAUCUCAAAAAAGAAAGUCAGGAGCCGCUUCGGUGUACAGUGGGUGACCCAGAUCGGCUGCUGAGGUCCUGCCCCAUAAGGUGCUACCUCAAAAGCUGAAGAUAUUGAAAAAUCCCAGGCUGUCUGAGAUGCCAUUCCUGCCUGGUCCCCAUGGCCUCAGCCACACUAGCCAGGUUCCAUCCCAGGGUUUCAUCAGCUCAGAUGAGGUGGGAGGCCUCUGUGGUGUCUCCUCCUCCCACCACUUAGUGUUGCCUGAGUUUCCAUGGCUCCAGGAUACCAGCCCUGAGGAAUGGAUGUUCUCAGAGAAGCUCCUGUCCCCAGCCCUGCCCUGAGCUCCAGGCUCUGAUGGGGUAAGUUAGUCACCUUCCUACCAAACUGCCUACCAUUAAGAAUCCAGGAGUCCCUGCCUCCCAGUCACGAAGCAACUCUCUUUUUCUGAGGUGGAAAAGAAGCUAUCUCCCAGCUCUCUCCCUCUCCACACUUUGCAGCCUGGAGGCCAUCCUGCCUGGCAUUCUACCCUUAGAGUUUCAUUCUUUUGUGGCUUUCACAGCUUUCAGACACUUGGAGAAAGAUGUGCCCCCAGGUGAGGUUUGAGUAACUCCUCCUCUCCCAUCCCCACCCCAGAAGAGGCUUGCUGCACCUCCACUGCCCCUCAGGCCCAAGCUCCUGUCUCAGUCCUCAGCCUCUGUGGAGGUGAGGACUGCAGCAUAUCUCAAGGGCACCUGGGGAGGUGCCGGUGCCCUGCAUCCUCCCAAACCCCACAGUUCCUCUCACCCCUCUUGGUCUCCCUUUUGCCCCCCACCUCCACUUCCACCGAGCUUAGGGCUCAGCUCACUGCCUGCCAGGCCCAGCUGCUCUGAUGCCCUCCUUGUCCUAUUGUCCUUACUCUCCUCUGUCUGCCUCAUCUGACUGUGACUUCUCUGGAGGCAGUUGAUUCACCUCUGAGCCUUGGCUCCAGGGUCACCUCCCUGGAAAGCCUUCCUGGGGCUGCCCUGGCCUGCCCCGCUGCUCAGGACAAUCUGGCCUGCAUGUGCACUCCAUUCUGUGGACCAUGAGCCCCUCCCAGACCAAGCUGGGCACAGCUCAGGUUCUCACUAAGGGCAGGGGGCUGCCAUGGAAAACCCGUCACUACUGACUGGCAAGACAGUGCCUAGGCACAGUGGCAUUGUGGGAACUGUGCCCAGUACAGGAGGUGGGGGCAGGGCCAGUCUUCAUGGUCCAUCUUAGAGAAGCCUUGUGUGGCAGUGAUAUUUUGGAGGGGAGGCAAUUUUGGAGGGGCUGCAGGAGCCUGGGCCUGGAGUAAGGGGAGAGGAGAGUUAAGCUGUCCAGUGGGGAGAAGGCCUGGUGGGCGAUGGUGCCAUCCUGAGUGGAGAAGGCCUGGGAAUGUGAGGAGUGGGGAGGUCAGGGUGGGGGUGGUAGAGGUGCCAGGUGUACCCACUGCUUAGGUGAAGACAACGCCUGUGUACUUUCAGAGCCUGGGCAGGGUGCCUCAUGCCCAGGGUUGGGAGUCGGGAGGCAGUGGACUUGGGCCCAGACCCUAGAGGUGAGGAGGGUGAUGGUGAGGGGUGUAGGGAUGGCAACACUGGCAGAACAGCCCCUGUCUACCCUCUGACCUCCCUCACCAAGCUGGUGGGUGAGAGAUCCGUCAGGGCCUCCAUCUUACAGCUGAAGCUAUGGAAGGCAGAGAGGUACCUGAGCAGUGACUUGACUUAAAGGCUCUGACACCCACAUCAUAGCUAAACUGUGGGGUCCCCCAAAUGCUUCCCUGCCAUUUCCAGACUCCCACACUGGAAGGGGGAAUGGGGCUCUGGUGCAGACAGUGUUGGGUGGGAAUUGCAGCUCCUCACGGGACUCCCUGCCAAACUUGGGCACCGGCUUCCCUUCAGGAGUGCCUGCUGCACCUCCCCAGACCUGCUGCUGUGAGGAUAAUGGGGUUUGUGUUUAUUUAGCAAGUGGCCACCCCUGGCAGCACCCACAGCUCAUGGAAACCACAGGGAAUUGAGAACUCUUUAGUGGAGUUGAGGCUGGUGUUUAGUGAAGUUCCAAUCACCAGGAGACUUUCGGGCUAGAGGAUCAGGGUUGAAGGGUUUUAGUGCGUGCUCAGCCACACUGCCUCAAUUCUGAGUCUGAGAAGAGGCCUCAGAGCCUGGUGCUUUGGGAAGCCAGGACUGCCCCUGAUCUGUCCUGCUCUCAGGGCCCACUGAGGCAGAGCCUAUGGACUUGAUGCCCAGCCCUGCCCGCUGUCUCCAGAGCUCCUAUUUCCUUGGGGCAUUGGACCAUGUCUGCCCACCAGGCCCCACUGAAGGGUGCAGGUGAGCAUAGGGAAGUUGGGCACGGCAGCUCCCUUGGCCCCGGGCUGAAGUCUGGCUCCGCUCUCCCUGGCAGGUGCUCCAACAGGGCCCCCGAGCAGGACUGGAGGCAGUCAGAGAAGGACCAGUGGGAGCAGCUGGCAGAAAGCAGGCGGCAGAGGGCCAAGCUGGCCAACCAUCUUCGGGCAGUGCUGGAGGCCCUUUCGGAGCAAGCCCUUGUGCUGCAGAGGCGAGAGCAUGAGCUGGGACUCAGCUGGUCCUAAAGCAGAAACAUGCCACAGCAGUUCUGCUGGCCUCCACCCUGAAACCCGUCAGCAGCUGGAGAGCAGCUGGAGAGGCAGUGUAUCUCGGGCCCAGCUGGAGGCAGAGGAUGCACAGCUGGAGCCUGUCGUGAUAGAUAACAGCCGAAAGCAGCCCCUCAGGGCCCCAGGGCACGGGUCCAUGCUGGGCUGUCAGCUGGGCUGUUGGCUGCCAGUCCGCCUGUGUUAUCAGAGGCUGCAGACACUGCCCUGCCUGGUGGGAGGCAGGGAAGCUACGCCUACCUAUCCGAGGCUCUGUGCUGCCUUUGACCCUCCCACUCAGCCUCCUCCCAGCAGGUGGAGUGCUCCCUGGCCUGUCUGGAGCAGGAGAGGCACCAAAGGCAGGGAUCCCAGGGACAGGCUGAGUGGAGGAGGCUAGACCAGGACAUAGAAGACAAGUGAGUGGGGCUGGGCUGUAGGGGAGGGGUAGGGUGGCAGGGAACAGGCAGACAGUCCCUUCUACCCACAGGAUCCUGCUGCUGCAGACAGAAGUGGAAAAGGCCCAGCGGCGUUUGGACCAGAUGACCCAACAGCCUCUUGGCCCAGAGCCCAGCCCGGGGAUACCCCAGUGGGUGCAUGGCAGGCCGUGAGCACUGGCCCUGCCAUACCUUUGACCCUGCCCUACACUUUAUUCUCUGGUCCUCAUUAUUGGAGCAUUAUCUGGAGAAGGAGGGCAGCACAGGGGCUUAGUCCAACCCAGAGAGGGAUCCUCUUCCAACAUUUGGGAAUACCCUGGGAUCAUUCAGUGACUUCCCUCCUGGUUCAGAUGGGAAACUGAGACCAGAGGGCAGAGGAGAGCUUGUUCAGAGUCAUAACUUGAGUUGGGGCCAGGACCCUGCCACAACAUGCCCUGAGGCAUCAAGGGUCUGCCUAGACUACCCCAGUGUGGUCUGGAAGCUGGAAGGAGACCCCAGGAUUCUGGACCAAGUGUAUCCACAGGAGAUGCUGGUGCCAAGCCUGCAGAUCCAAGAGCAGAGCUGGGAUGGAGGCAGGGCCCAGGAGCUUUGGGACCCAGACAGAGUCUCCAUGCCAGCAGCUGAGACCCCUGCCCAGGCUCAGGACACAGUCCAUCUGCAGGAACAGUUACUGAUGCUCACUGAGAGCCAGUCUUCCUUCCCCAGUACACUCCAGGUCCCGGAGGUACCAGUGCCCCUCAGGAAACAGCUAGAAGCACAAGAAUCACAUCCCAGGCUUCAUGAGGAGAUGGCUGAGUACUGGAGGACACGCUGGCACCAGGUGGCAGUUGCCCUGAAAUUUAAAGAGGAGGAAUUGCAGAGACUCCAGAGGCAGAGUGGGACCUGGCCUCCCCAGGACCCUCACGCAGCUGCAGAGAGGCCAGAGUGUGUGCUGAAGGAGCUGCCGAGCAGGAUGCAGGCUCUGGAGAGGGAGAACAACCAGAUGGCUGCUGGGAUCCAGAGGCGAAAGGGCAGACCCCAGCAGAGACCCCAGGCCAGGCUCCAGAGUCUGCAAAGGGAAGGAGCUGUGGGACCCCAGGUCUGCCAAGGAACUGGAGUCUGCAGUGUGGACUCUACCAGAGGCCAAUGGAUGGGUUUACAGCUGGCUGAGAUGCGGACUGAGCUCGAGGUCUGCAGUGUGCUGGAAGCUUGAGACUCAGAGCUGAGAGCUCAGCAGUGGGUCCUGGAGGCUGUCCAGGACCAGGUGCUCAGCAGCUGUCCCCCUGCAGUGUGCUUCUGACUGGCCCCCACAGGCUCCCCCAUGCCCGAUCCCUGGUGCCCGCCACAUGGUGCCUACCAUGGCCUUGACCUUCCCUUCCUCACACUCGUCACUCAAGUUCCUCCCAAGCCCUCGCUGCCCAUGGAAAGGGCUCAGCCUGGAAUGUACUCACUGUUUCCCCCCACCCACCUGCAAGCUGGUGGAGAGUCUCCCUGAGAAACUGAGGCUGCAGCAGCAGCAGCUGAACAGGAGCUGGUAGAGAAGCAAUGACCGCAGGGUGAUGGGUGCCUGCGUCUGAGGGGCUCUGGGGGGAGAAACCCCACCCUCCCUCCCAGAUACUCCUCAGCCCCCACAGUUCUCCCUCUUCUCUGAGAACCUGGGGCAGGGGGGCAGAGGCAUUUAGGGACAUGUUGUGGAGGCUGCCAUCUCAUCCCCACAGGGGUUAGGACGGGUGGGACUGAGCAGCAGCCUGAGGCCUGAUCUAUCUCCUGGUCUGCCUUCUCUCUGAAGAGGGGAAGCAGCAGCAGGAGGGGUAUGGCAGGGUAGGCUGUGGGGCACAGGGAAUCAGGCCAUAUGGGCCCCUGGACCUGGAGCAAUGGAUGGAAGGAGAGUGGCCGUAGAACCAAGAAGUCUUAUACUUCACUCUCCACCACUCCCGAGCUUGGCGAGCAUGAGCAAGUCUUGCCUUCGCUAAGCCUUAGUAUCCUUCUCUGUAACAUGGGAACACAGACAGUACCUAUGACGUGGGAUUGAUGUGAGGAUGACAUGGGACACAGUGCACCGAGGACCGUGCCUAUGUUCUCCGUCCUCCUUGGUUUCUCCUGUAUCUGGGGUCCAGUUAGGCUGAGUCAGUACCAAAGUCAUAAAAUCACAUAUAUGUGCCCAGGGGCGGCUGCAUAUGGGCUUUAGUCACAAAGGGUUUUUUUUUUUUUUUUUU